UUACUCUCUCAAUAAUAACUAUAACCCAUCUUUCUUCCCUACAAACCCUAAUCCCAAUUCUCUCUAUGGCUAAGAAACGCCACAUCUCUCAGCUCGACGAACCACCCAUCCCCGCCUCCAAGGAUGAUCACAAACCACCACAACAAGAACACAUAACAGAUGACCAAGAAGAAGAAGAAGGUUCAACAUCAUCACAAGCAGCUUCUUCAUCUGAACAAGUAGAAGAACACGAAGAAGAAGAAGAUGACGACGAAGAAGAAGAUAUUCAACAAACACCUUCACAACCCGCUUCAAAAAACCAUCCACCCCCUUCUUCAAACUCCCAUCCAAAAUCCUCAUCUUCGUCCGAAGAAACCGACUCUGAAUCCGAAUCAGAUCCAGAACCAAACACCAAACUCAAACCUCUCCCCUCCAAGCCCAUCAAAUCAAAGCCCCAAGCCCAAGCCUCCCCUCCACCGACUAAAUCUGGAACCAAACGUCCAAUCAAUAACGACGCCAAACAAUUAAAUAAAAAGAAGAAAACAACCGCCGCAGAUGAAGACGAUAAAGAACCGGAGGACGACGUCACGAAAACCGGCGAAGACUCUAAAAAGUAUUUUCAGAGACUCUUUAGCGAAGACGACGAGCUCGUAAUUCUUCAAGCCCUCGUCGAUUUCACCGCGAAAACAGGGAACGACCCGUGCAAGCACCUAACAGUGUUUUACGAGUUUGUGAAAAAAUUGAUUCACGUUGAAGUUACUAUAGGGCAACUGAGGUAUAAGAUUCGUAGAUUGAAGCAGAAAUUUCACAAUAAAGUGAAGAGCGGAAAACCUCCUACUUCCGCGAAACCAAUUGAAAUUAAAGCGUUUGAACUUGGUCUCAAGAUUUGGGGUGAUAAACCUAAUAGGAAAUCGUUGAAGAAGGAACCGGCUGCUAAGAAACCAACAACAACUAAGAAAUUGGUGAUGGAACCUGAUUCGCCAUUGGUUGUUUUGAAUGAAUCUAAAAAGGCUGAAGAAAGUAGUGGUAAAAUUGAUGCUUCGGAUGCCAAUUUGAUUUUGAAUGAAAUGGUUCGUUUCGACAGGAGUGCAGGUUUCACUGGGCUGAAUUUGGAUGCAAUAAAUAAGGCAGUGGUGUUGCUUGAUGAAUCACAGAGGGAUGAGUUUGAGGGAAGAUGGAAGAAGUUGCAUAUUGCUGAAUUGGAGCUGUUUACAAGGCGUGCUGAAUUGGUCGAGGAGCAGACUUGCUUGAUAUUGGAUGCAUUGAGGUCAUCAUUAAGCCAUUAGUUUUUCUUGUCAUUUUAUUGAUCUUUUUUAUUUUCCAACUUUGCUGUUCAUUUAUUUUGUCAAAUUAUGGUUUUUGAAUUUAAUAGAUUAUCUUAAUGAAUACAUUGCACUAUUAUGGUUUUGGUUUUCUAUGGAUUAUCUUACUCAACACAUGCAAGCAAUGCAGAAUUGUACACAUUGCGAUUAUUGUAGUGUUGUAUAUUGGUAUUGUAUGUUUGGAAUUUCACGUUACUGAGACUUGAAAAAGUGUUUGUUGAAGCGGAUUGUGACAUGCAUUUGGUUGUUGAACCUUUGCUGUUUCUGUUCUUUCAACUAAGGGAUGUACUUGUACUUGUUUGUAGGAUUCACAUUUUGGAAUUCAUGUAGUUCAAACCAUCCAUUUUAUUA